UCGAUGCCGAUUUUGAAGCGUUUUUGUUUGCUCGGUUUUUGUGUGUGGACUUUUGCGGCUUUGCUACUUGGUUAUAAUAUAACAAAAAAUAUAAUAUAGAUAAACGUAGUUAUAUAGAUUAUAAAUUCUCCGGAUAGAGAGAUAUUAUUUUAAGUUUCAAACUAAAUCAAUAUACCUAAUAGAUUAUGGCUGGUUUGGAAUCCAUGGUCGUCGAAGAAGUGAAACCAAUAGAGAAACCUGUAGACAGGGAAAAGACUUGUCCACUGUUACUUCGUGUAUUCUGCUCAACUGGUCGCCAUAAUUCUCUCGCUGAUUACGCUAGAGGCAAUGUUCCACAAAAUGAACUUCAAAUAUACACGUGGAUGGAUGCAUCCCUACGUGAACUUACUGGUCUUGUCAAAGAAGUAAAUCCUGAAACUCGACGCAAAGGAACAUACUUUGAUUUUGCUAUUGUUUAUCCUGAUGUAAGAUCACCAACAUAUAGAAUGAGAGAAAUUGGUGUUACCUGUUCAGGACAACGAGGUGGUGAUGAUAACAAGACUUUGUCUCAAGCUAAGUUCCAGAUUGGCUAUUACCUAGAUAUAUCUAUUACUCCACCAAAUAGAAUGCCCCCACCUAUGCGACGGCCACAACCAUAUAUGAAUAACCGUCCAUACUAAACUUGACUUUGCUGUACCAUUAUGUAAGUUUCUUCUAGUUAUUAUUAAUAAAAUAUCAUGUCGUCAAGA